AUGACGUUUCUUCAGCUACUAGUUCUUAGCUGUGUUUCUGGAGUUCUCGUAUCUUCAAUGACAACACCAAGAAAAGGUCAUCUGGCAACAAAAGUCCGUUUCUCUCACCCUGACUCUAGCAUUCCACGUUUAAAUAUGAUUGGUACUUUGCCCACAGUCCGAGAAAUGACUUUAGCCUUCUGGGUGAAAUUGCAUCAAUUUGAUGAAUAUUCAAACACUGUCUUUUCGUACGCUCAUCCCAGCGACGAUAACGAAUUAGCCAUUUGGUUUGAAAUUAAAGAAGUUCCACACAUAGCAAUUCAAAUUCAUUCUGGAGAGGGUCACCAUGGUUAUAUACCCUGCCCAAAAAUUGUUGCAAGACAGUGGCAACACAUAACAUUGACAUGGUCAACACAAAGUGGCACAACCAAUGCUUAUCUAAAUGGGCACCAAUGCACUAACACCACAAUCACCAUCUCCAGAGGCCUAGAGCUCAGGUCAGGAGGACUGGUUGUAUUGGGUGCUGACCAAGAUUCAGUGGGAGGAGGAUUCGUAGUUAAAGAAACAUUGGAAGGUGAGUUAACAGACCUGCAUAUGUGGGACGAAGCUUUGGAUGAAGAACAGAUCUCCAUUAUUCCUUCUUCCACGUGCACAGAAGGUGAUUUAGAAUUCCAUGGAAACCUAAUAGACUGGUCACGAAGUGCUUUUAGGGCCUUUGAUGGCGUGUCUUUCCAUCCAACCACUCUGUGUCUCAGACAAUAA